UAUUUCUCCAAGCUUUUUGUUAGCUUCUUCGUUCGGCUAAGAAAUGUCGGGUCGCGGGAAGCAGGGAGGCAAGGCUCGCGCCAAGGCCAAGACUCGGUCAUCCCGGGCCGGGCUGCAGUUCCCCGUGGGCCGCGUGCACCGGCUGCUGCGCAAAGGCAACUACUCCGAGCGCGUCGGAGCGGGCGCUCCCGUGUACCUGGCGGCCGUGCUCGAGUACCUGACGGCUGAGAUCCUGGAGCUGGCGGGCAACGCGGCGCGCGACAACAAGAAGACGCGCAUCAUCCCGCGCCACCUGCAGCUGGCCAUCCGCAACGACGAGGAGCUCAACAAGCUGCUGGGCAAGGUCACUAUUGCCCAGGGUGGUGUUCUGCCCAACAUCCAGGCCGUGCUGCUGCCCAAGAAGACCGAGAGCCACCACAAGGCCAAGGCAAAGUGAGAUAUCAGCAUCCCUUACUUAGUCAUCCUAAACACAAAGGCUCUUUUCAGAGCCACUCACAACAUAAGAGAG